CACGGCGGUGGCAACAAAAAAAAAGAGAGAGCUAGACGAUGACAAUCCCCGUUUCUUGCAGAGUUCUCUUUUUUACCCUGUGCACUUCGCUUGCCGCGCAAGCGUCUCAGGCGGUCUGUCAUCGACUCGACACGAGAACAGUUAUAAAGGAAGAGGAAGCAGACGACGAAACUGGGCAGUUAACCCUCCUUCAUCAAUCUCCGCCCUUCGACACCAUUCGGCCGUCUGGACGCGGGGAGUCCGCACCUUCAUCUGUCUAAGCUUCUUCUCGACGAUGUUAGACAUCUUGACCAUCAUUUGGAGCCAUGUCGAGUUGUUUCUUAACUCCCACCCAUUCUUGAGAGACGGUACGACCUUGUUCCUCAGUGGCGCGUUACUCGAAGGAGCUAGGCGAUUGGUGACUUGGGCCAUCAGUGCUUUCUAUGCUGCCUCGACCCUCACUGUACGGAUCUCCGAAGCGGACGACUCGUAUCUCUGGCUUCACAGCUAUCUCUCAGACAAUUCGAUGAAAGUACGACCGGGCCAAACAGACUCUCCGACCUCCUUCUGGGUCUCGGUCCUGGAGUUGAUCUAUCCGACCGGUCGUUGCCCUCCUCGGGAUGUCACAGUCCAGGCUACCCCGUUGAGAGAUCCUCAUCUUUGGCAUUGGCAGAUGGAGGAAAAAAUGAGAGAAAAACAGGAUAUCAUGCUAGGCAAGUUGAAGUUGAGAAUGACUCCGUCGACAGGCCAACGCCAAGCUAUUCGAUUCAAGAAUCACAUCCUCCGAUACAAAUUCUACGAAAUCAAGAAUGACAAUGGGUUCUCGUGGGCUAAGAAUUGGAUAGAGAUAUCGUGCCUCUUCGCAACCCACGAACUCUUCCAAUCGCUCGUCGAACAAGCUCGACAAGAGUAUCUCCUCCGUGACGAAUCCCGUAUAGCCAUUUAUACGCCUCGUGGUGGAGGACGAGGCGGAGAAGGAUCCUGGUCAAAGACGAUCCAUAAACCUUUCAGACCUUGGAAAUCGGUGGUAUUGCCUGCUGGAGUCAAGGAAUCCAUCUUGGAAGAUGCUUCCGACUUUAUAAACGAAGAGUCAUUCUAUCGACGACUAGGAUUGCCAUAUAGGCGAGGAUAUCUGUUGCAUGGUCCGCCCGGGAGCGGGAAAAGUAGUCUGAUCCUAGCACUGGCGUCACACCUCAAAUUGGAUGUCUAUUACCUGGCAUUGGGCUCGAAAGAUCUUGACGACGGCGCCCUUCAAUCUCUCAUGGCUUCUGUUUCCUCUCGAUCGAUUCUCCUCAUAGAAGACAUAGACUGUGCGAUGAAGGAUAGAAAAGCCGAAGACGAGAAGGAAGAAGAUGAGAAAAAGGACGAUCACAAGGAGAGCGAAGAGGGAAAGGGGUCAAAAGGGAAAGGUUCCGGUGGAUCUCAGAACAAAUCGGGCAGUUCCAUCACCUUGUCUGGUUUGUUGAACGCCCUGGAUGGCGUGACUGCGGGAGAGGGACGCUUGUUGUUCUGCACGACGAAUCAUUUGGAAAAGAUUGACGAUGCUCUGUCGAGGCCAGGCCGAUGCGAUGUCUGGAUACCGUACGCUAACGCGAUCCAAUCCCAGGCCAAAGAGCUCUUUCUACGAUUCUACGAAGACUCUGGCGAGGCAUCCAACCCAGCUGCGAUCACAGACUCGCCAGAGACGGAGAAAGCACGACCGGAUGGACACGUUUCGUUGUCGCCGGCCGACCUGGACGAUAUGGCCACCAGCUUCUCCAAAGCUAUCCCGAAUGGUCAGGUCUCCAUGUCUGCUCUCCAGAGUUACCUGAUGCGGUUCAAGCGUCGACCGAGAGCUGCAAUGGACUCUGUCUCAAAAUGGGCUGAUCAAGGGUUCAAGCAGACUUUGCUUUGAUUGAUCAAUACGAAUGUAAUGCGUUUCCUGCAAAUACAGUAUGUACAGUAGUAAAGACAUGCAUGCAGU